UUUGACCUUUGCAGGAAUGAGCUUGACAAUAUCAAGCAAAAGGGUGUACAUAAUUCCCCCUUCAGUGACACGGCAAGGUACGCCUUGCAACAUGGUGUCCAGCACAUGAUUGAGCUGAUCAAAUCGGGUGAAAGUCCAAGACCUUGUGAUAUAGAAGAGCUGAUUAAUACGUAUGUAACCGAUUUGGAGCUCAUUUAUGCCAAACUUUGUGUGAACAGCACUGCCUCCUCCGAAGAUAUUUUCAGUGUUCAAAAGCACAUUAAGCCAACCUUGCUCGGUGAGCGAAGUCAGUCUCUCUCAAUCUCUUUGCUAAAAGUGCUUAGAAAACACUCUUAUCUGUUAAGAGAACAUCCGCAACAUUGGUUUCAAAGUGUGGUCAAUGAAGGACCUCCUGACCUAUCAUCUGAAGCCGCCACCAUCCUCGAAAACAGGUUUCCUACUGUCCCGUACAUGAAAUACUUAGACAAGCAAGAAGAAAAUGGAGCCGUUCAAGCCCGAUUUUACUGUUCAGACACGGUCGCGUGUUUUGAUGUUUCACCUCAAAUGGACUACAUGGUGUGCGAAUGCCGCGAUGGAACAAUUCACCUGUGGUCUCUUGCGACUGGUAACUUGGAAUGGAGUCGACCUUCGUUACUUGACAGAGAGUUUCAAUAUGUGCAUCCUAAAUUUGAUGUAGUUCCUGAUGGAGGCGCGUAUCGUGGAAUAAAGUCUAGAAUUCUGACAUUUUACCGUUCUGUGGUUUUUCAUCCAAGUGGUAUGUCUGUUCUACCGGGUACCCUCAGAAGUUCUUAUACUCUCGAAGGAGCCUGCAAUUCCCUUUAUCCUGACAGUAACUGCAAAUUUUCAUAUUGUGCUUUUCCUACUGACAAAAAAACCAUUUUGACAGACCGUUUUGAUGAUCCAAAGGAAGUUGUUUUGUGGAGUAUGGAAACUGGCCAAGAGCUAAGGCGCAUAGCUUGGAUUCCUACAGACAAAAAAACCAUUUUGACAGACCGUUUUGAUGAUCCAAAGGAAGUUGUUUUGUGGAGUAUGGAAACUGGCCAAGAGCUAAGGCGCAUAGCUUGGAGUGACAUUAUUACAUCUUUUGCUAUUUCCCAAGAUGGUUUACAAAUUGCCUUUGCUGACGUGACUGGUUCCAUCUACCUUGAUGUGGCUGAAGGACAAAGACAACAUUUGUUGAAGUGCGCCGUGGCAUGUGGUAUGAUGCACUUCACACAAGACAACAAGUCCCUUGUCUGUGGUUACCUCCCUUAUAGGAUAGAAGACGGCAUCGGAUAUGGACAGUAUGGAUGGGUGUCUUACCGUAAACCGCUCUUUAUUCUUCGUCAACUCAAAACUACCUUUCCACCUACACGUAAAGUAAACUUCGUCUUGUGGCCCCUUGAACCAAAGACCCAUGUCAGUGAAUAUGUUUUCGAUGACGGUCUACUCUCGGGCUAUGUGAAAAAUGUACACAGUGUUUUUGCAUCGUUAGUAACAGGAUUCUACAAAUGGCUUGAUAAUGGAACAGCAUUGGUUGGUAGUCCAUCGUUUAAGUACGUCGCAGCAAUUCAUGUUGACUCGCCAAGUGAAGUAAAUUGGGCUUUCACCAGACAAGUGGUCGAAAAAGUUGUAUUUUCUUCUAAAGGAAAUGUCAUUUAUUCCAUUACCUCAAAAGAUGAAGGUAGUGCCAGUGCGGUUCUAGUGACCGUAUUCCGAAUGUCAAGCCAAGAAAUCUUGGUGGAAAAGUCUUUCACUUGCCCAUCACUGUCGCUUGUCCCCGUGAAGGAAGGUGUUGUACUAUGUUUGAAGCAUGAAGUACCAGAGCUUUGGAAUUUUGAGCUAACCGAGUGCAUCCGACAAAUUCCCAAACUAAAGGGAACUGAAAAGCUUAUUCGUUUAUCAGAUGAACUGAUAGCCUGUGAAUGGUACUGUCGUACAUUAACGCCUGAGGAAUUAUCGGAUUUUGGUUAUCCAUCAGAGACAGAGGAUUCCCUGGAACUACGUGCGGAAGAUGACUCAAUGGAAGAAAACGAAGCUCUACAUCUUGAUAACUUCACAGAUGAAGAAUUUUCAGACGAUUCAUCAGACUCUUCUACAGAAUUCAGUGAUUUUGGAAUUAAAAGAUGUCAUCGUUUAUUCCUUGCGCUUUUUCUCGACAUCAUCAAUAUCACUAGUGGAGAGUGUGUUUCAUCUAUCAAGGCAAGGGUUUGCCCCAACGACGACGCAUUUGUUUCAUGCAAUAGUCAGAACCAGCUGCUAGUGUGCAACUGCGAGGAAAUAGACGAUGACUUUUUUGAGGGGGAACAGUUAACUCUUAGUUUAAGGAACAACAACUCCUUUUCAUGUGUAUGGAAAAGAAAAGACGCGCGGUACGACACCCGUUCUUUUACGCCAUAUUUCAUGUUCUCCCCUGAUGAAGAAUUUGUAGUAACGUGGGCUUCCUUCAGUUCAGGCCAUGGAGUGCACAUUCUUGAUGCAAAAACUGGAGAAACACAACGCACCUUGCUCAAAGACCAAGAUGACAUUGUUGAUUGUAAGUUCGUUGUUAAUGGCGAGUCUCUGGUUUGCUGCAGUAAGGACAACUUCCUUCGAUUGUUUAACAUUAGGUCUGGUGAUCAACUCAGCGUACUAGACAUUGAGGAGCAACCCUGCUGUUUAGGAGCAUGUUUGAGCGAGCCUCUUGUCGCCAUUGGCUUAUGGGGCGCCAAACUGAAAUUCGUUCAUGUCAAGUUGCCGGAUGUCCAGGACGCUGAAGGAAAGAAAGGUUCCCUUACCAAACAGAAGUGAACUGGAUCUGAUGCAUCCUGUACUUGUUACAGUCAGUUGCUGGAACGAGAUUACAAAGCAGCAGAGUGCAGAACAUGUUCCUGUACAUUUUAGAUGGAAUUUUUCAAGGAACUUUAUAAAAUAAUUAACUACUUCAUAUGAUGUUUUUGUUUGGAAUAUCUAAGGAGCAAAGCUAUGUUAGGACGGUGUAGUACGGUCCAAUGGGCCAUAGUCUUAAGAACUUACAUAUACCAAAACAACUUGUUGCCUAAGUCAUAUCUGAUACCCGAAGACGUGGAAAUGAAUUUUCUAUUUUUGUACAAGUCUAAUGAUUUUCAGCUCAAUUAAAACGAACGCAUUUGCUAGUAACAGUA